UUGCUGAGCUGAAGAUGUUGUUCAUGAGUUAUUUACCAUUUUCUUGCUGUGUUUGGGCAUAAUUAUUGUAUUAUUAUUAUUUAAGGUUUAAUCUUUUGUACUGGCAGAAAUCUUGUUUACUAAGGGAGUUCCUGUAAAUGGUUAUAUGAGUAAAGUACGUGGUCACAUGCACAUAUUCAUUCCAGACUUUGAAACGUGGAUUACUGAAGUAGUCAGUCCUGUAGUUUUAGUAGAGCUUAGACACUAACUGUGUGGGUCACAAAAGGGUUAAAUUAGGUGUGGGUUGUUAUUACACAGAAGAAAAAAGGAAUUCACAGAUCUUCCACCCGCUGCUGUUUUAACUCUCCUUCAAAAUGUGGCUUUUACAUUUUUUGCUGAGUUUUGACCUCAAGGGGCUUUUUUUGUUUAUUUUUAUUUUUUUCCUGAUAGCUGACUUCCUAAAAUACAGGAAUCCUACAAAUUAUCCUCCAGGACCGUUGUCUCUUCCUUUUGUGGGGAAUUUCUUCAGUGUGGACAGAAAAAAACCAUACGUUUAUUUUACCAAGCUGGCUGAUGUCUAUGGUAAUGUGUUCAGCGUCCGCCUCGGCAAGGAGAAGAUGGUGUUUGCGUCUGGGUACAAGAUGGUGAAGGAAGCCAUAGUGACACAAGCUGAAAACUUUGUGGAUCGACCACUCAAUGCAAUCAUUGACAGAUUUUACUCAGGGAACAAAGGUGGUCUGUUCAUGAGCAAUGGUGAAACAUGGAAGAGACAGCGACGCUUUGCUUUAUCUACCUUACGUACCUUCGGCCUGGGCAAAAACUCCUUGGAGCAGAGUAUCUGUGAGGAGAUCCGACACCUGCAGGAGGAGAUAGAGAAAGAGAAAGGUGAACCUUUUAACCCAGCAGGAGUCUUCAACAGUGCAGUGUCCAACAUCAUUUGCCAGCUGGUGAUGGGGAAACGGUUCGACUACAGUGACCACCACUUCCAGACCAUGCUGAAGUAUAUGUCUGAAGCUCUUAUGCUGGAGGGCUCUAUAUGGGGUCUGCUGUACCAGUCGUUCCCUGGAGUGAUGAAGCACUUGCCAGGUCCUCACAACACAAUGUUCAGCCACUUCGACACUCUCAUAGACUUCAUUGGUCAAGAGGUAAAGAGCCACAAAAAGGACCUGGACCCCAGCAACCCCCGGGACUACAUUGACACUUUCCUCAUUGAAAUGGAGAAUCACAAAGAGUCUGACCUGGGCUUCACAGAGACCAACCUGGCACUAUGCUCUCUGGAUCUAUUUCUUGCUGGAACAGAGACAACCACCAUAACUCUGCUGUGGGCUUUGAUUUUCCUCAUUAAAAACCCAGAUAUCAAAGACAAAGUCCAGGCAGAGAUAGACAGAGUGAUCGGACAGAGCCGACAGCCCAAGAUGGCAGACAGAGCCAACCUGCCCUACACUGAUGCUGUCAUCCAUGAGAUCCAGAGGAUGGGAAACAUUCUUCCCUUAAAUGCACUCAGAGUGGCCGCCAAGGAUACGACACUGGGAGGAUAUUUCAUACCCAAGGGUACGGCCUUGUUGCCCAACCUGACCUCUGUGCUGUUUGACAAGACUGAAUGGGAGACUCCAGACACCUUCAACCCCGGACAUUUCCUAGAUGCCGAGGGAAAGUUUGUAAAGAAAGAAGCUCUUCUGCCUUUCUCUGCAGGGAAACGUGUGUGUCUUGGAGAAGGCCUCGCCAAGAUGGAGCUGUUCCUGUUUUUGGUUGGUUUACUCCAGAAGUUUGAUUUCUCUGCUCCAGAUGGAGUAGAGUUGACUACAGAAGCAGAGAUUGGAAUUAUGCGUGUACCGCACCCCUUCAAAGUUCAUGCCAAGGCUCGCUGAACAUCUCACUGAACCGGUUUUCAUCUAAACAAUAUGUAACACACAAGAGUAGGCAAAACACUUUUCGGAGAGAGAGCUGUUGUUUUUAAUCUCAGCCUUUCACUGUUAUAAAAUUGCCUUGUGUACAGAGGACUUGUUUAUGUUCCCUGCCUGUAUAUUCAAUUCUUUCUAAUAAAGUUAUUUUUAGAUAAAAUAUUAUUUUUAUUAAUGGAACUGAGUAAAGGACAUAUAUUUUCAGCAAUGACCAGUUGUAUUAUGUAUAAUACAAUAGUUAAAAAUGAAUUGAAAUCUUCAAUAAACCAUUUCGACAACUGUUUAUAACUGAAAAGGAUCU